AGUUGCCAGGCGUUUUACGUGACGUGUCUGCCGUUCUGCAAACAAAUUAAUAACAAAAUAAAUUGAAUAUUGAAGAAAGAAAUAAAAAUAAAGCCCCAAAAUGGUUGAAAUCAGCAGCGUAAUUUCCAAGUUUUACAGCGACUACGUGCAGAACACACCGAAAAAGCUAAAACUCGUGGAUAUCUACUUGGGCUACAUUCUGCUAACCGGCAUCAUACAAUUUGUUUACUGCGUCCUGGUGGGCACAUUUCCCUUCAACUCAUUCCUCUCGGGCUUCAUCAGCACCGUCAGCUGCUUUGUGCUGGCCGUUUGCCUGCGCCUGCAAGCAAAUCCACAAAAUAAGGCCGUCUUCUCGGGCAUCUCACCGGAACGUGGCUUCGCCGACUUCAUAUUCGCGCAUGUUAUUCUCUUUUUGGUAGUCAUGAACUUCAUUGGAUAAAUUAAACACAUAAGUGAUUUACGCUGCUAAAAUCCAUUCGUUUAUCGGAAUAAUUAAAUGUAUAACUUAAAAUAA